AUGGCACUGCUUCUCGACAAGCGCGACGACGACAUCCAGAUCACCGAGGAAGUCGUCAAAGCUGCAGCUGGGAAUUUCAACAUUUUAAAGUUGAUGCUUGAUACUCGAAGCAGAGAGACUACCGCAGUGAUCACGCGAGAUACAUGUUUGGCAGCUGCGGCCUGUGGAAAUUUGAAAUCUCUUCGGGCGCUUUCAGACCAUCUCCCGCUAGACCUAGUUGAUCCUAUGUGGGAGUUAAUAGGCGUCUUCUACCGUUCUGCAGAAGAUGGCGACGUGAAUCGGAUCGAGCACCUUCUGAGCAUCAAUACUCCCCCAGACACCAAAGACACCUUUGGUCGAACGCCGCUAUGGGUUGCUGCAGAUUACGGCCAAGAAGAAGUGGUUCGACUGCUGGUAUCACGACCAGAAGUCGACGUGAACUCGCUGUCAGUUUCUGGGCAAUCGCCACUUUUCUGGCCUUCCGCGGAGGGUUACGAAAAUGUGGUCAGUCUACUUAUAUCUGCAGGGGCGAAGCCAGAUUUUGUCGACUGCGACGGGGAAACUGCCAUCUCGAUGGCAAGAAGAAAUGGGCAUGAACGAGUCGUCAGUCUUCUUCUCAACUCGCAGGAUAUUCCUACAUUAGCGACGUGCCUUGCCACCGCUGGGAAGCUCCGAUUCGCAGUCCGUAACGCGUAG